AUGGGAAACACCGUUCCAUAUAACUGCUACGAGCGAUGGGGGAAGAGAACCCCGGAUGGGCCCCUCUUAAAUUAUGAUCCACAGACGCCAAACAAUGGAUCGUUAGCAACCUUACUCGAAAACUUUAACUACGAAUCGGUCGAAGAGGCAUACAACGGAAGUGGUAAAAAGGGCUACGCAUCAAACCAGGGUUACCAGGGGGGGGAGAACCCCAACAUGAACAUGAAUAAUAGAAGCUACAACAAUAGCUCGAACGUUAACAGCAAUGCGAACUAUAACAACACAAAUCAAAUAAACUCCAAAGCAGUGAGGAAUGCGAGAAGGAGGCCGACGUAUUCACCAACGGCGAGGAAAAUAAAACUGGAAACGGAAGAAGAGGAAGAGGAGGAAAAAUUAUCAACAGACAAUUCAGAUGAACACAUUUCAGCCAAGGAUAUAAAAGAGGAAAAAAUAAAACAGUACAGAAAAACGUUAACAAAGGUUGUAAAAAUAAAGACAGCAAUUUUUCACGAAACUGUUAAAGUUACUUGCUCAAAGGAUGGAAAAAUGUUAGAAUGGUACAAGGGAAAGGCAGAAGGAGACGAGAAGAAAAAACCCAUAGGAUCAUUUUCUCUAAAUAAAAUAACUUCAAUACGAACCAAAGUAGACAACCUCAAGUCGCUAGAAAUAGCAGUGAGUAGCGUUAAUAUAAGUACCUAUUUGUUUAUUUUCAAAACCCGAGAAGAGAGGGAAAGCUGGCAGAAUAACUUAGAGUCCUUUAGGAAAAUAAUGAGCAUGAAGUAG